AUGCAAGCUCUCGCUCAAGAAAUGAAAAAACGUCGUGUGCCAGCCGAUCGACUGGACGACGUGGUGCCUGCGUUCGUGCAAAGUCAAGGAGUUGGCGAUGUCAACAGGGCUAACGUCAAAUCCGCGUUAGCCUCGUCAUUGCUUGCCGCGUUCCCGCUGCUGACUCCGCAUCCAUCUUUGUCCGCCCCGACGCCCCCGCCAAGAGCUCCGUUGCGAUCGCCACAAUCACCAGCUUCUGUCCCGACAAGUCCUCCUAGAUCACCAAGCCCCCCGACCGCGUUUGACCUAACGAGAGUUUCUGGUGUGCUGACAGCGUCUGGUCUAGCGAGAGAUACCAGUUCCCUGGGAGCUCCAUGCUCGGCGAAGUCCGGCAAUCAAGAGAUCGACGCGGUCAGCGCUGCGACGACCAGCCAGAUCAGUGACGACGGUUUCGCUAGCGACGAAGACUACACGUAUGACGAAGGCGAAGAGAAAGAGGAAGAAGGAGAUGUGCAUGGCGUUAGUGCUCCUAGUCCGGCGAGAGCUCCUAGUCCAGAGAGAGCUCGUCGGACGACGAGUGCUCUUAGCUUGGCGAUAGCUCCCGGUCCACCGAGAGCAGGUAGUCCUCCUGGAGCUCCUAGUCCGGCGAUAAUUUCUAGUCCGCCGAGAGCAGCUAGUGCCCCGACAGCCUCUAGUCCUCCGCCCGGCUCACCAGGAGAGACGACUGACGCUGAGUCCGAGACUGACGAGGACCCGCCGCAAGUUGAUGAAGUACCGCCUGAGGACCUAGUGCGCGUAGUUGGUACUGAGCGAAUGGCGGAUGGAGAGAUCCGAACGUGGGUGGAAUGGGAGGACACGCUCGAACCUUUUUCCGCCUUGUACCCUGCGGAUGCACGCGCCCUUGCAAGAUACCUGCGCCGACCACAGCAAAUGCCUGUCGGACCUCCUGCAUACCACUACGAGGUUAUACGGGGUAUACACUAUCCAGCAGACGGCGACCUCAGGGUCUUGAUGAACUGGCCCAAUACACUGGAGCCACUUUCGAACUUGGUACCUGCGGACCGAGAGCAGGUUGAGCGUGCUAACGGUAUUGCAGGCAACUAA